UCUUCCUUGUCAGGUCGGGAAAGCCGGAAGUGUAGAGCGGUCGCCUUGGAGAUGAGUUCAGGGAUAACAUGGCCGGGCAGAGCUGGCCGGAAAAGUUACGCGCGGCGCGCAAAACCGCGCUCAUCAGCGACGGUAAACGAAAAGUCCAUUACUUAUUCGACGAUGGGAAGGAGAUGGCAGAGGAGUAUGACAUGAAGACUAACCAGCUGCUUUUAAGAAAAUGGAGACAGAAGAAUACCCUGGGUGCUUAUGGUCACUGGCAGUUAGAAGUGGGAGAGCCAAACUUGCAUGCAUCAGAAGCACUGGAUCGUGACCUGAUAAAGGAGAGUAGUACAAAUCCCAUCUUUAUACGAAAAGAUACAAAGGGCAGUUUCCAGUGGCGGAUCCGGAACUUGCCAUAUCCCAAGGAAGUAUACAGUGUUUCAGUGGAAAAGGAUCAGCGCUACUGUGUUAUCCACACAACAAAUAAGAAGUAUUAUAAGAAGUUCUCCAUUCCCGAUCUUGACAGGUUCCAGCUGCCCUUGGAUACUGCUGCUCUGAGUUUUACUUAUUCCAACAACACACUGAUCAUCACGUAUCAGAAACCAACAGAGAUUAUGACAGCAGAAGAGGAGCUACAGAAAGAGCUGAAGAAGAUCAAAGCAGCAAAUGAUGAAGAUGGGGACUGCAAGACGCAAUAGACAACAGUUGCAGAAUAUUUUGCCCAUCCAUAUUUUGUGACUUCCAUUAUUUAUGUGUUAAAUGUGUUUGGGAAAGAUUUGGUGAGCUUAGUUAGUGUAUUUUGGAAAAGCAACAUUCCUAGAUGUUCUAAGGCUCUCCAGAAGCCUUAUGACAGCCCAACUCAGGAGCAUCAGUCUCUUAGGAAUCAUGCUUUCUACCCUUCUAGGUGAAAAAAAUCUCUCAUUUAUCUAUAUGAUCCACAAGCACCUUUCUAUCCGAAUUAAUUCAAAGAUCUGAAAACUUGAUGUUUAUGAGAUUUCUUGUUUUCAAUUAUAUGGUAGCUUGCAGAAAAAAGAUGGGUCAAACUUUAUCUCAGAGCAUUUCAAGAUAAUCUUAUGGCAAGUCCAAAAGCCAAAGAAGAACUCCACAACUAUCAUAAGGAUGUUUAGAAUUGUAAUGUCCUAUGUGGUCUAAAAUGCAGUAUCAAUUUCCCAUGUUGCCUGAAAGAGCUUCACUGGCCCUCCUAUUUCAGACAAAGCAUAAUGGAUUUUAUUCCUGUUACUCCCUUUGCUCUAGAGAAGGAUUUUCUGAGGGGUUACUCUUCAUUUUCAUAUCUUACUGUCAUGUGUAUCACAUUUUGGGUGGCCUGUUUAUUUUUAAACAAUAAAACAUUUCCUGCA